GCCUUCGCGCCCAGAGAUGAAUGUGGCUGCUUAUGACUGAAUAGAGGUCUGGGAAUGCAGAUGUGUAGUGAAGUAACAUAUAUGCAUAAGAAACAUGAUUCCGGUGACAGAAUUCCGGCAGUUCUCGGAGCAGCAGCCUGCCUUUCGGGUGCUGAAGCCGUGGUGGGACGUGUUUACCGAUUACCUGUCGGUGGCCAUGCUGAUGAUUGGCGUGUUUGGAUGUACUCUACAGGUCAUGCAAGACAAGAUAAUCUGCCUCCCCAAAAGGGUGCAGCCUGCUCAGAACCACUCCUCUGUUUCCAAUGUCUCCCAGUCCGUCACCAGUGCCACCCCUCUGCCCCCACCUAAGCCCUCCCCUGCCAACCCCGCCACUGUGGAGAUGAAAGGACUGAAGACAGAUUUGGACCUGCAGCAGUACAGUUUCAUCAACCAGAUGUGUUACGAGCGGGCCCUGCACUGGUAUGCCAAGUACUUCCCAUACCUCGUGCUCAUCCACACGCUGGUCUUCAUGUUGUGCAGCAACUUUUGGUUCAAAUUCCCUGGCUCAAGCUCCAAAAUCGAACACUUCAUUUCCAUCCUGGGGAAGUGUUUCGAUUCUCCCUGGACCACCCGGGCCUUGUCCGAAGUGUCUGGAGAGGAUUCCGAAGAAAAAGACAACAGGAAGAACAACCUGAACAGGUCCAACACCAUCCAGUCCGGUCCCGAAGGCAGCCUCGUCAAUUCCCAGUCUCUCAAGUCAAUCCCUGAGAAGUUUGUGGUAGACAAGUCCACGGCAGGCGCCCUGGAUAAGAAGGAAGGUGAGCAAGCCAAAGCCUUGUUUGAGAAAGUGAAGAAGUUCCGGCUGCACGUGGAAGAAGGUGAUAUUCUGUAUGCCAUGUACGUCCGCCAGACCAUCCUUAAGGUUAUCAAAUUCCUCAUCAUCAUCGCCUAUAAUAGCGCCCUCGUUUCCAAAGUCCAGUUUACAGUGGAUUGUAACGUUGACAUUCAAGACAUGACUGGCUACAAAAACUUUUCUUGCAAUCAUACCAUGGCACAUCUGUUCUCCAAACUCUCUUUCUGCUACCUGUGCUUCGUGAGUAUCUACGGCUUGACGUGCCUUUAUACCCUGUACUGGCUCUUCUACCGUUCCCUGAGGGAAUAUUCUUUCGAGUAUGUCCGGCAGGAGACCGGGAUCGAUGACAUUCCCGACGUGAAAAAUGACUUUGCUUUUAUGCUUCACAUGAUAGACCAGUACGACCCCCUGUAUUCCAAGCGGUUCGCGGUGUUCCUGUCCGAAGUCAGUGAAAACAAACUCAAGCAGCUGAACUUAAAUAACGAGUGGACGCCUGACAAACUGAGGCAGAAGCUGCAGACCAAUGCGCACAACCGACUGGAAUUGCCCCUCAUCAUGCUCUCAGGUCUGCCCGACACUGUGUUCGAAAUCACAGAGCUGCAGUCACUGAAGCUCGAGAUCAUUAAGAACGUCAUGAUCCCCGCCACCAUGGCCCAGCUGGACAAUCUCCAGGAGCUCUCCCUGCACCAGUGCUCGGUCAAGAUCCACAGCGCAGCCCUCUCCUUCCUCAAGGACAACCUCAAGGUCUUGAGCGUCAAGUUCGAUGACAUGCGUGAACUGCCCCCGUGGAUGUAUGGGCUGCGCAAUCUGGAGGAGCUCUACCUGGUUGGCUCGCUGAGUCACGACAUUUCCAAAAACGUCACCCUCGAAUCUCUGCGGGAUCUCAAAAGCCUUAAAAUCCUCUCCAUCAAAAGCAACGUGGCCAAAAUCCCUCAGGCGGUGGUGGAUGUCUCCAGCCAUCUCCAGAAGAUGUCCAUCCACAACGACGGCACCAAGCUCGUGAUGCUCAACAACCUGAAGAAGAUGACCAACCUCACCGAGCUGGAGCUGGUCCACUGCGACCUGGAGCGCAUCCCGCAUGCCGUCUUCAGCCUGCUCAGCCUCCAGGAACUGGACCUGAAAGAAAACAACCUGAAAUCUAUCGAAGAAAUCGUGAGCUUCCAGCACUUGAGGAAACUGACCGUGCUCAAACUGUGGCAUAACAGUAUCGCCUAUAUCCCAGAGCAUAUAAAGAAACUCACCAGCCUGGAACGGCUGUCCUUCAGUCACAAUAAAAUCGAGGUGCUUCCUUCCCACCUCUUCCUGUGCAACAAAAUCCGAUACUUGGAUUUAUCCUACAAUGACAUCCGAUUCAUUCCCCCGGAGAUCGGAGUGCUCCAAAGUUUACAGUAUUUCUCCAUCACUUGUAACAAAGUGGAAAGCCUUCCAGACGAACUGUACUUCUGCAAGAAACUGAAAACUCUGAAGAUUGGGAAAAACAGCCUGUCGGUACUCUCACCAAAAAUUGGAAAUUUACUCUUUCUUUCCUACUUAGAUGUCAAAGGCAAUCAUUUGGAAAUUCUCCCCCCUGAACUAGGAGAUUGCCGGGCUCUGAAGCGGGCUGGGCUGGUUGUAGAAGACACUCUGUUUGAAACCCUGCCUUCUGAUAUCCGGGAACAAAUGAAAGCAGAAUAACUUAUUUUUCAUCCAAGUUUGACUGAUAACGUGCUUCUACCAAAUACAGUAUAAAGAAUUAGGUAGUCUUAAUGCCUUUCCUAUUUUAUUAUUUUUCUUUUUUUUUUCUUUUUCACACCAAACAAAAUGUACACAAAGAUUGAGAGUAAGGAGUCUGUAUUUUUUAAAUAAAAAUUCUAUUGUAUUUUUUCAAUAUUAA